AACGAGAUUUUAUCUAAACCGUGUAACCGAGCAGCGGCUAAUAGAGUCGAAAUGGACAGAGCUUUAAAUGUUACAAGGACUUUCACACCACAAGGCGGAGUAUCCUCUCAGAGACAGACACUGAGCCAAAAAAAUGCACCAUCACGUGGACCUCGGCCCAAAGAAGUUCCCAUGCUGGAGUUGGAGAGACUGGGAGACAGGGAAGUGGAGGAUGGUGCUUUCAUAACAGUAGCCGGAAAUCCAUCAAGCCUGCUGUCAGCCAUGAGCUGGGGUACAGCAGCUUCAGCACACCAACCUCAGCAACAGAAUAUGUCAGAAAGAAAUCCCUCACUGUUUGGGUAUCAGUCGCCACAUUCCAGCUGCAGAGGCCAGCCACUGAGCAGACCACCUAGCAAUCACCAACCAAACAUGGAGACACUGUACAUUGAUGAGCACAGCCAAACCCAGACUUACACCAUCCACACCAGAAGCAGGAAACUGGAGGCAGAGGGUCUAACUGUGGAGAAGAGAAAACAAGCCGUGAUUGAACAGAUGAUGGUGGACCAGCUCUCCAGGGCUGUCAUCAGUGACCCAGAGCAGAACACUGCUAACCAGUUUGAUGUUUCAGCACGCCAUAGACGGACUCUCCAUCACACCAUGGUGAAAACUCAGAAAUCUUUAACAGAGAACCUCUUAUCCCACAAACUCUGUUUUCAUGCCAGAAUUUUAUCAAGAUGUGGACGUGAGGCAUGUCGAGAGCUCACUGGGUUUUUCUUUACAUGUGAUCACACCCUGACAGUGUAUGAGUACCGCAGCUUUGGAAAAAACAGGUGCAGUGCAUUGCCUUUUAUUGCUCGAGGUGUCUACAGGACCCGAGGGAGGCCUUACUGUCUAGCAGAUCUCUCACGGGGUACGGAUCUGCGGUUCAGCACAGAUAUGCCACAUCUGCCCGAAAGCCUGAGACAGCGGCCAUAUCUGACCCUGAGAGUUACCGAUGUGGAUGAAGAGACCAAGGGAACACUACUGGCCCAGUCUGGAGAAAGGGAAUAUUGUCUUUCUGAGGAGGAAAUCAAUGAUCAGAAGACCUUAAGGGCAGUUCAAGUGGCUGUACGUGAUAGACUGAGGGGUCGUGCCAUCUCAACUCUGAUUAGUCUUGGGAGAAGACUGAAGAGUUUAGAUACAAAGAACAACAGUCUCAUUGGCAAAGAUGAGCUCAGAGAGUGUCUGAUGGAGGAACUGAGUCUUACCAAGCAGGACUUUGAUGCUGUAUGGAGGAUUGUGGGCCAGCAGGGAGGGCCACUGGUGGACUAUGCUGAGAUGAUGCGUGCUGUUACCGGGGAGAUGAGCGAGAUCAGAAAAGCCAUUUUUAUAAAGGUUUAUGUGAAACUUGACCCAAAUAAAACUGGCUAUGUUUCUCUGAUUGACAUUGAGAAAUUCUACUCAGCCAAAGUGAACCUGCAUUUGGAGCAUGACAUGGAGGCGAAAAUAGACAUCCUGUCUUGUAUACAAGACACAGGAAGGGUCACUAAAGAUGUGUCUUAUGCUGAAUUUGAGGACUAUUAUGAAGGACUGAGCAUUGAAAUCUCCAGUGACCAGGAGUACAUCAACAUUCUGAAGAGCACAUGGAGCAUCUGACCUGUGUGACCUGUGAGUGUGUUUGUAUGUCUGUGUAUCCAUUAAUGGUCAUAUGCAGGCUGAAUUCCAUGUUUUGUUGAUUUUUUAAGUGACAUUUAAUAAGAACACACUUUACAGAGAACACACUUCAGCACAUUUUAAUAUGCAAUUACUGUUUAUUUUCUGAAUUUAAUGUUUUGGAAAAAAACAUAAAAUUUAUAUAACAUAACAUUUUAUAUUUUAUGUUGCAUAUUUUACCAGUAUAUUAAACUCAAAAUAUAUUGGUAAAAAUUAUAUAUGUAAUAAGAAAAUAGAAAAAAAUGACAUUUUUUCUAAAAUUUCUUUUUUGAAAAUUUGCAGAAAAUGUGGAAUGGGAAUUGUGGGUAUACACUGAUAUCUGAUAUUUUUUUAUUAACAUAUCUGCCUGUGCUAGUACAUAAAAAAUUAAAAUGUAGAUCCACCUGGAUUAGCAUUGCAGGAUAAUAUAACAUCUAUUUCUGUAGAUUAACAAAUGCAGUAAAACGAAAAAAAUGCUGAUAUUUUAGCGCAGUAGCCCUAUAUUUCAUAAAACAUUCUCUUCCCUCAGAGAACAAUAAAAGCAUCAUCGUAUGCUGGUUUGAAAUAUUGGUCAAUUCUAAAAAACUGUCCAGUGUGAAAUAUCUGUUAAUAAAAUAUGAUUAC